AUGGUAACGGAAUGUACAGAUGUGAAAAGCAAAAUACAUGAAUUGGUAGAGCUAACUGAACACAAUAACCUAAACCUUAAAGUUCAAGAAAAUGAAGUUGUUGAAGCAGUUGCAGAAGUAAGACAAGAAAUCGAAAGUACAGUUUUGAAACUUGAGUCUGAGCUUAAAGGAACAUUAUCAUCUGAAAUAGACAAAUGCAAAGGAUUGUACAAUUCUCAGAAAAGAGAACUUCUUGAUAUUCAAAAAUCUUUGGACGAGUUUCUACAACAUCUUGCAUCUGUUGAAAAUUAUGAUUUUACAAAUAAUAAAUUUGGACUUAGAGGAAAUAUGAUCAAGGAGUUGUCUACUAUCAAAAAGAGAUUUGAGACAACUAACGGUAAAAUGCAAAAAUUCGAUAUCAAAUUAGCAAAUACUAAAAUCAUUCGUAUCCAGAAACUCGGAUCAAUAACCGUUAAAACAGAAGAAAUUGUGUUGAUGCAUGAUGAAGGCGAAGACCAUAAACACAAACAAAAUGCUGAAUGCAUCAAAGAAAAGAAUAUCCAGAAAGAGUGCACCAAAUCACAUUGUUUAGAUCCGAAAACUGCAUUAACAGAACCUAAAACAAAAACCUCGACCGGAUGGUUUCCUGAUAUUAAAAGAUCAUCCCUUGAUCGGUUUGAAAAGGCUGUUUAUUCAGGGCGAGUUUGGAAAGCAACGUUUCAAGGUUCUACAGUAGCCGUGAAGAAAAACGUUGAUAAUAACCACGUACAUGUAUCCUUUCUGAAAGAAGCUCACAUAUUAAAGGGUGCAUCUCAUGAGAACGUUAUCAAGAUGAUAGGAGUCAGCACAGAGCACCAUCCAGUAUCUCUAGUCAUGGAAUAUCUUACGGAAUAUACAUUGAAGCAUAUUUUGUUAGAUGAGCAUACAUCAAUGGACACAUCUAUGAAGCAUAUGACUGAACUGACAUCUAAGAUUGCUAAAGGAAUGGAUUUUCUAGGAACCAGGGAUAUUAUCCAUUCCGAUUUGAGAGCAGACAAUAUAUUAUUCGGAUCAAAUUGGACCCCGAAAGUAUGUGGGUUCAAGUUUGCGCACAUGACAAAUGACCAUACAAUAGAUCCCAAACGACGACGCACUAUUCCUCCGGUAAGAUGGUUGGCACAAGAGAUUAUCGAAGGGGAAAAAGCAACCACCAAAUCUGAUGUGUGGUCUUUUGGAAUACUAUUAAUGGAAGUGUUUGGACACUGCCAAAUACCUUAUGAAGACUUAAAAGAUCCAGAGGUAUUUAACAGAAUAAAAAGGGACUUAAGGCACAUACGACCUGAUUGUUGUCCUGAAGCUAUUUAUGAUCAUGCCAUAGAUUGCUGGUCUAAAGACCCGGAUUCUCGAAUAACAUUUGAGUAUAUAUCUCACUUUUUCGGUGACUACGAAAUUUGCACGGAACAUGGAUAUGAUGAAGUGGACGAUCUGGAAGAUGACGAUUACAUGAAUCAAUGACUGGUCAAUUUCAAUGCAACUAGGUUGUAUAUCUUCUUGAUAAAAAGAUGAAUUGAUUUUACAUUCACAUUUUAAACAUAAAAAGGCGAUUACUUCAUGUUUACAAUACACUUAUUUGGACAUUAUUUUCCCAAUAAUGUUCUGGACUGCUUUUAAAGAGAGUCUAAAAAUCAAACGGAUAAUUUACAUGCAUAGAUAUUUAUU